GGCAAGUCAUUCUUUCGAAAAUUGUCGCAGCGAGCAGAGCUCUUGAAAAGUAAUAAAAAAUAAAAAUUAAAUUCCUCUCAUUGAGUCGUUGUGUUCCGUGUCGAGCAGAGUACUUGAUUUUCGCAGCCAGCACGCCGCGUGUGCCGUUCUCGUUUAGAUCCAACCACAUACCAAAGUCCAGGCCCAGGUUCAUCCAAGAACACCACUCCAUCCAACCAUCCAUCCAACCAUCCAGUCAUCCAGCCAUCCAUCUAGCCAUCUAUCCAUUACCCAUUCGAUUCCAAAGUUGUAACAAUCGCGGCUUGACGAAAAUGGUUACCGACGCCCAGGACACCGUUGCACCCAAGACCAGCAGCACCAAGGAGGUGCAGUGCCAGCACUCCGGCACCCUGGAUGAGCCCCAGGCCCAGGAGCCGUCGCCACCGACCACCGCCUCCCUGGCCACGCCCAAGAGCGGCCGCGUGGGCAUCUUCAAUGCGGAGGACUUUCUGUCACGCGCCCAGUUGAACGACAAGAUCAACAACAUCCUGCGCUCGCCCACCAAGGCGCCCAAUGGUGUGCGCCAGCGUUCCGUGUUCACCAACAACAAUCCGUCGCCGCAAGCCACCAUGCGCUUGGUGUCGUCGAUGAACAGCCCUUUGGCACCACGCCUCAGCAGCCUGUCGCUGAGCGGUGGCAUGAAGCGCGGCCUGGAGCGCGGCAGCAGCAGCAGCAGCAUGGGCAACAGCGCCAGCGUGGGCACCAGCACCGCCGUCCUGGCCAAGGAGUGCUCCAGCCAGACGAGCAGCUGCGGCCGCAGCUACAUGCACCUGGGCAUGCAUGCAGCACCGCACUCCGGCUUCGGUGUCCUGCCGCAGACUGGUGCUGGCUACGAGGCCAUUGGCCUGGACAUGGAUGCCGCCAACAUUACGCGCAGCGGCAAGAGUCUCACCGGUCGCUUCAACACUGGCUAUGGCUACGAGGUGGAUGGAGCCUACUGCAUGCCACAGGCACAUCACACCCAGCAGUUCCCAUCGCCAAUGCCGCCACCACCCUACGCCCUGGGCCGCGUCAGCUCGCGCACCUUUGAGUUCGACAACAACACACCACCGCCGUGUCCAGGAUCUGGACCCAUCGCCAUGUCCAAUGGCACCAUCCAGCUGCGCCUGCGCGAGGGCGUUCGCAUCGACAUGACCCUGGACAAGGCUGUGCGUGUGCUCAACCAGCGCAGCAUGGUGGCCGUCGCCUUGUCGCGCAACUGCAGCAACUCGGCGCUCAUCCAUCCCAAUGGUAGGAUCCUGCAGAGCGGCUCCAAGGUGGAGAUCGUCACCUACGACGGCAUGAAGGCCAAUAACUUUGUUCGCUAUGCCAAAAUGUGGUACAAAGGCGUCAGCUUCACCAGCGAGUCCUGUGCGCUCAUCUAUCUGGUGGACACAGCUGGCACACACACCACCACCGAUACCUUCACCGACCUGACCAAGGACUACACACUGGCCGUGUUCUAUGACGAUUCGCGCCACGGCCCAUCCUUUAUGUCCGAUGCCCACGACGUAAUCGCCAACUCCACCUACAACUGCGCCGAGGACGGCACCGAGGUGUACGACAUCAAUGGAUUCCGCAUCACGCAGGCGGCCGACGGCCUGGUGAAGGUCACCCGCCAGCACAACAAGUGCCUGAUUCGCACCAGUCCGGGCAACGGAUCCGCCACCCUGACCACACCCGGCAUCCACUGCACGGCAUCGCUGGGCAAGACCUCGCACCUGUUCGUCCGUCGUAAUGAGAAGCGCAUGCAUUUCGACGGGUCCUGUUUCAUUGUACGCAACGCUGGUCACUCGGCCGGAUUCAAUGAAAACAACCUGCUGAUUGUCUACUAAGUACCGCUCGCACCAUGGGAUGUGCACCGCGUUGGGUGGCCAGACCAAGUGCCACCUAUGGCCACCCAGCGGGACUAUUGAAAAUCACCCCAUUAUACCACCAAACACACACAUCACUAAAAACACACACACAAGCACACCGACUCAAGCGUCGAUAUAGUGAGCCCGCAAAAAAAACAACUAAAGAAAAACAUUGGAAAACUGGGGCCUCGGCGUGGAGAGAGGGAUCAGAUCAUAUGAGAAAACCUGGUCUUUGAAAAAAAAAAAACAUAAAUUCUAAAUGUAAAAGUGCAUUUAAAGAAGAUAGCUCGAAAAAGUGCGCGAGCAACGAAAACUGGCGAUCCUGAUCCUGAUCCUUGAAAGGAUUGCUCUUCGAUUGCUCGGCGUAGGCGCAACGCAACCACUAGGGAAUUAGUUCUAGUCCUCAAACACACAGUCUCCUGUCUCCAAAAACCACCCUCGAUAUCCUUAUUUUUAUACGCAUACAAUUGUGGCAGGUGGAGAAAAUCCACCUGAUGCCUGAAACGCUGGCCAAGACAAUGGGAUUUCGAUCAGGGCCAGCGUUUGGUGUUAUAAAAAGAAUGUAUUCGUUUCGCGUUCCGCACUUUUCGGCCUUCUCAGUCUAACCAAAUUAGUUACUAGCGAAUUUCCAUAAGUUCUACUUUUAAAUGCAACCUUUUAUGAGCAAGUUCCGACAAGGAUAAAAAUUGAAAGUUGCAAAAUUUCCACCCAAAAAAAAUAAGCGAAAAUUGUGAAAAUGGUUUAUAUCAAAAUUGGCCCCUGAGUGGAGAGUUAGCUAGCAAAAGGCAUACUUUACCUUACACCUGUGUCAAUUCAGUUAGUUCUAAGUUACCAGUUACGAUUAGUUAACCCAGUUACUGCAAUCCAACCAUGUUCAUCCUCACCCAUACACACACAAACAUGCACACACGUGUAAAAUGAGUGGAUUUAGUGCUUAAAUUUCCAAGUGUAGGAGUAGUAGUAACACUACCACACUCGUGAAACACAGAUACACUCGCACACCCACACACGCACAUAGAAUCCAUUAAAGGACAAGGAAGAAAGAGGAAUUGUGACUGAAAUGGAAUACGAUUUUUAAUUAGCUUACGAAACACUCAUUUAAGCACAGGCAGUAGUCGUCUUUGAAAACCAAGUUAAAACACGCGCACCCUUGUGAACUUACAUGCAAAAACAUCAUUCCUCUCAAAAAAUGAGGGGCGUAAAAAAAGUGAAACACCUUGCAAUUAAACCUGUAUAGCCUUACAACAAUCUCCAAAACGCUAAAUUUAAUCAUCAUGUAAAUCGAAAUUUAUGUGUACAAAAAUCGAUUUCCAAAUGUAAUACAUGAAAAUCGUAAAUAAAGUAAAUUCUAUCUGCGCAA